AUGCCGCCCCCAGAGAAGAGCCGAGGCCCCGCCGCCCGGCUACCCGCGGGCCGCGCUCCAGGCCGCCUGCCGGGCCUGCCGUCGCCGGCGCUGCUGUGCGCCUGCGGCCUGUGCGUGCUGCUGGCGGGCGUGAACGUGACGCUGGUGGGCGCCUUGGCUUCCUUCCCGCCCCGGAGCAACGCGCCGCUCGUGGUGGGGCCGGCGCUGCUGGCGCUGGCGCUCGGCUGCUUCGCCGCCUGCUGCGUGUGUAGCCGCCGGGGCCCCGCGCUCCGUCCGCGCUCGGCGGCGACCUCGGGCUCCGGCCGGGGCGGCGGCGGCGGCGGCGGCGGGCCGGUGGCGCUGGAGAUGGAGAGCAGCGAGCGCACGGCGCAGGACACCACGGCCGUGCAGCUCAGCCCUGCCGCCUCGGCCGCGUCCUCGGGCCGCUCCAGCCCCGGCCCCUUCGCGCUGGACGCCCCCGCGCCCGCAGCCAUCUACGCGCCGCGCACCGAAGUCGUCCAGCUCAACCUGCCCCGGGAGCGCGUUGCCCCCUAG